UGAACGCAGCACUUUCUGCGGUUUAUUUAGGUUUUCUUCAAGCAGCGUCUGACACCGGACUGUCGACAUGCCGGCCGAUGUGAGCCGGUGGAGCGGGCCUCUCGCCCUGCAGGAGGUCGACGAGCAGCCGGCGGAGCCGCUGACUGUUAGAUACGAGUCCGUGGAAGUAGAAGAACUCGGGAAAGUGCUCACGCCGACACAGGUGCAGAGUCGACCCACCUGUGUCGAGUGGGAAGGAUGCGACUCCAGUAAGCUGUACACAUUGGCCCUGACCGACCCGGAUGCUCCCAGCAGGAAGGACCCCAAAUUCAGGGAGUGGCACCACUUUCUGGUGGUCAACAUGAAGGGGAACGACGUGUCCUCCGGCUGCGUGCUCUCGGACUACGUGGGCUCGGGUCCUCCAAAGGGCACAGGUCUGCACCGGUACGUGUGGCUGGUGUACGAGCAGCCGGGCCUCCUGUCCUGCAGCGAGCCCGUCCUCACCAACCGGUCCGGAGACGGCCGUGGACAGUUCAAGAUCCAGAGUUUCAGGCAGAAGUACGGCCUGGGGCCCCCGAGGGCCGGGACCUGCUACCAGGCAGAAUGGGACGUCUACGUGCCCAAACUCUACGAGCAGCUCGCCGGGAAGUAAACCAGAGGACCCACCGACUCCCGGCAACUUAUUUCUGUGGCGCUGAAUAUUAUUUUUCCCACCGUUGCCUUUCAUCGCGGUGCAAACGGCUCCUCUCGAUGACGUCACCCACUCGUCUGCAAUAAAUGAGUCAAAACUC